CGAAUCCGGCACCAGCCGCUUCCGUACGUCCGCCAACGGCCACGCCGCGCGGUUGGCUUAGCUGGCUGGCUUUGGAGCUCCCGGGGGUUUGGCCGGCCAUGUCCUGCCUCGCCGCGCCGCCGGCGGCCCCGCCCGCGGAGAGGGUGCUCCUGCUCGUACCGGCGGCGCCCUCGCGUGCCCGUUCCCGGGGGAUGCAUUGCGCGGCGCGGGGGGCGGCAGGGGGAGGAGCCCGGUGCGGCCGGCGGCAGCUGGUGCUGCGGCGGUGCUCCCCGGCCGGCGAGUCCAGGGUGGCCGGGGACGGCGCCCCCUCCAGCUUUUGCAUAAUUGAAGGUCCGGAGACAAUCGAGGACUUUGUUAAGAUGCAAUCGCAAGAGAUUCAAGACAACAUCAAGAGCCGCCGCAACAAAAUUUUCCUUCUAAUGGAAGAGGUCAGACGAUUGAGAGUGCAGCAGCGAAUCCGAACUGCUGAAAGCAAAGGUGCCAGCAGUGAAGAAAAUGAGAUGCCUGAGAUUCCAUCAACUAUUCCAUUUAUGCCUCAUGCGUCAGCAAAGACAAUGAAGCAACUCUAUAUGACAUCAUUCUCUGUCAUAUCUGGGAUAAUCAUUUUUGGAGGCUUGAUAGCCCCAGUACUUGAACUGAAAUUAGGGCUUGGUGGUACAUCUUAUGAAGAUUUUAUACGGACCUUGCACUUGCCUCUUCAAUUGAGUCAGGUAGACCCCAUAGUGGCAUCCUUUUCAGGUGGCGCAGUUGGUGUUAUCUCAGCUUUAAUGUUGGUUGAAGUGAGAAACGUCAGGCAACAAGAAAAGAAAAGAUGCACAUAUUGUCAUGGGACUGGAUACUUGCCAUGUGCUCGCUGUUCUGCUAGCGGGAGCGGGAUGUUAUUGAGUACAAAGCCCUUUUCACUAACAGGGAAUAAUAUGUGGUCAACGAAUGAAAGGUGUCAGAAUUGUUCAGGGGCUAGAAAGGUGAUGUGCCCGACAUGCUUGUGCACAGGAAUGGCGAUGGCAAGCGAGCAUGAUCCACGGAUAGAUCCCUUUGAUUAGUGUUGAGCAAAUGGCGAGUAAACCAGUUUUCCUUUGUGUGUUACUCUGUGUUGUGCAAGACUUCAUGUUAUCAGAUCAUAUACAAAUAAAUAAUACAGCACUGGACACUCGUAACUGUGUUAUGUGUUACUUGACCAAUCAAUAUACGGAUCCGAGUUCCUCGAGA